GUGCGAACAUUGUCUUGGUGUGCAAGAUGCUCCGCCAGAAGAUAUGCUGUGUAGAGCCGAAGAACCAGAACGGACUCGGCAGGAUCUGGAAGCCGACGUGGAGAAGUAUCAAAGUUGAAGCGAAGAAGCCAUUGAAGAGAAGAAAGCGAGCCUUGUCGGGCGCAGGACGGUCCGAGAUCUUAGCUAAUGCUUUUCUGGUCGUCCGACUGAGUGACUCGCCCGGACCGGGUCCCGCCGCUUCGAGUGAGUCGCCCUGGAGCUUCUCAGAGGCAGCCAUGUUGUCUCUCUACGCACCUGGAAGCGCCCUCUGAGAGGGAGACGCGCCGAGGAGCGAACAAGGACCGACUCGAGUGCGCCUUACUAGCCAGUAUGUCGGGCGAAGCAUGGCUGUUCUUGUUUGCAGUCAUCAUGAGCGCCGUCCUGCUCUUUACGUCAGUCUUUUUCAUCAUCAUGUUCAGCGAUCUCGAAUGCGAUUAUCUGAAUCCCAUUGAUCUAUGCAACAAGCUCAAUCAAUUCGUCCUGCCGGAAAUGAUCGCGCAUACGUUCUUAACGACCCUCUUUCUGCUGACAUUCCAGCCCUUUGCGCUCCUACUCAACGCGCCACUCGUCGCUUACAAUGCCAACAAAGUAAUGAAAGGCCAGGCGAGCUACGACGCGACCGAGAUUUUCAGGACGCUAGGCAUGCACAAGAAGGAAUGCUUCAUCAAGCUCGGCUUCUACCUCUUAUCAUUCUUCUGGUAUCUCUACAGAAUGAUUCUAGCGUUGGUCAGCGAAGAGCAAUAAGGG